UGUUUGAAAAAUGUCGCACGUCGUACGAGUUGUCGCACGGUUUUGAUUUUACCGUUUCGAUAUCGAUUGGUCGAAAGGACGACAAACGUACGCCAAACACUCGACAUGCCCGACAUUGUUUUUUCCAUCGAUUUUCUUUCAAUUCGACGUCACGAUUUUCGUCGACGCAAACAGUUUGACAGUUCUCUUCAGUUGAUCUUGUUCCGUGUCUUGUUCGGACUUGAUUGCAACCGAAUCGAACCAGCUGUCGUUCCUUUUGGGAUUUGGUUUACGAGCUUCGAAGAUUUUGGACGAUUUUCGACGGAUAAUAGUGUCUUCUAUUCCAGAUUUCGGUCUUCGUGGCGGAAGACGAGAUGGGAAGGAACCGGUUUGCGAUCGAGGUAGCGGUUGGUGUUUUACUUUCCGCGGGAGGUUGGGGCACAUACCUGAUGAAACUGGCAACAAACGUAUUCCAAUCAGAUCCUGCCGUCCACGUGUGGUCCCGCGUUGCAUCCGUAGAACCCACGGAAGCAGCCACGUUGUUUCGUACGCAUACUCCACAAACCCACAUUGUCUCGUACUCCGGUGGCCAUCAAUUCGACGAUCAAUUCGUCGGAGAUCCAAGAUUGUCUUCGCAUCCCUGUACAACUUUGAUCAGCUCGUCGGGGAUCAAAAGUCCAGCACCAAAAUGCUGCCAGGAGAACACCAAUCCAAGCCCGAAGCUGCGGUCAAGGAAAAUCAAGGAAUUUUGAGAAGAAUCUGCGAUCCGAAAGUUUAAUUGAGUGAAAAAGCUAAUAUUAUUGUGAAAUUUUGUGCGUCUGAAUAAAAAAAAUAAAUAAAAACAAAACCACAUGUUUUUAACUGCAACAUAACCUAAAAAUUAGAAUUGACAGCACACGACAAUGGCACGACAUCCUAAAUAACAAAACCGUGCGACGUCGGUCGAAUGUCGUACGACAAUGUCGUACAAUUUCGAUUAUCGAUCGCACGACAAAUACGACAUUUUGGUGCAAAAACGUAUGACAUUUGCGCGACAGUCGCACGACAUUGUCGU